CUUUCUAGAUCACCCACUGUCUCCAAAACCGAAGCCUUUCACACUGCAUUCAAUUCCCCCUUGGAAACCCACAGAAAGCAACAAAAAAGAAAUUCCCUUGACAGACAGACGAGAGAAAGAAAGAAAUAAAUUCGCCUCAUCAUUCUAUAUAUUCCCUCUCAAGAGUUGAAACUGCCUUCAGUUCUUGUUGAAUGGAUAAUUUCUGUCAAUUCUCUGAUCAACAUCCUUUGAGGUCAAAUUCAAUGCCCAAUGACAGGCAAGAAGCAUCUUCUUUCUCCGAUAGCAGCACGUCUCGACGAGUUGUCCAUUCUGAUGAAGAGGUCUUACUAGCAACAAGUUUUCCGAAAAAACGCGCUGGCCGCAGAAUAUUCAGGGAGACUCGGCACCCGGUUUUUAGAGGUGUUCGGAAGAGGAAUGGUAACAAAUGGGUGUGUGAGAUGCGGGAACCAAACAAGAAGUCACGAAUAUGGUUAGGAACAUAUCCUACACCAGAAAUGGCAGCUCGAGCUCAUGAUGUUGCUGCUUUGGCACUUAGAGGCAAAUCUGCUUGCCUUAACUUCGCUGAUUCUGCCUGGAGGUUGCCUGUGCCAGUUUCGAAGGAUUCUAAGGAUAUUACAAGGGCAGCAAAUGAGGCAGCAGAAUUAUUUAGGCCUCAAGAGUUUGGUGGUCAUCCGGCAAAACAACAAGAUAGCAAUGCAGUGCUAGAGGAUUACUCAAGCGAAGUUUGCAGCGAUGAUUACAAAACUUUCCAAGAAAAUGAUGUCUUCUUCGAGGAAGCAGUGUUUGACAUGCCAGCAGAAUUAUUUAGGCCUCAAGAGUUUGGUGGUCAUCUGGCUAAACAACAAGAUAGCAAUACAGUGCUAGAGGAUUACUCAAGCGAAGUUUGCAGCGAUGAUUACAAAACUUUCCAAGAAAAUGAUGUCUUCUUCGAGGAAGCAGUGUUUGACAUGCCAGGGUUGCUCGUGGACAUGGCAGAAGGUCUUCUACUCUCUCCUCCACGUUAUGUAAGGAAUGAUGGCAACGACUUGGAUCAUAUGGAGAAUGGUUCUGAUUUUUCGUUAUGGAGUUAUUAGGCAAACUUCUAGAUUAGUACGUAGUGCCAUAGCUAGCAGUUAGCUUUACAUGUAAACGAAUUGUUCUACAUUAUUUUUCCAUAUGUAGAGCCUUUAUUUUAAUAUAUGAUGCAAAUGGAAGAAAGACAACCCUGUCCCUUUAUCC